AACAGCCUGCCGGCGUUCCAUUCACGUCGAAUUCGCACGUGUGAAUCUUUCUUAAAAAGGAAAAUAAUGAUACGAGCGCUGGAUCUGUUCGAUGUUCCCGUGUCGUGUUUUAAGUGCGAUCUAGACUAAUCGCUCGCUAAAGCCAAAAUGGAUUUUUCGGACAACAGCACCGAGCCGUUGUGCAUGGGGUCCCAGAGGGACUCCUUGUACGUGGUGAUACCUAUAACUGUUAUAUACGUUACUAUUUUCGUGACAGGGACCAUCGGCAACAUCAGCACCUGCAUAGUUGUCGCAAGAAACAAAGUGAUGCACACAGCGACCAACUACUACUUGUUCAGUUUGGCUAUCUCGGACCUAGUGCUCUUGUUCUCGGGUUUGCCCCAGGAGAUCUACAUCAUCUGGUACAAGUACCCCUACAUAUUCGGCAGCACGUUCUGCUUCCUCCGAGGUCUUCUAGCUGAAACCUCCGGCAACGCCACGGUACUCACCAUAACUGCAUUCACAGUAGAGAGGUACCUGGCUAUAUGCCACCCCUUCUUGUCCCACACCAUGUCGAAGCUAUCCAGAGCGAUUAAAUUGAUCCUGCUAAUAUGGAUCUUGGCUAUCGGCCUGGCUAUCCCACAGGCGAUUCCGUUGAAGAUCCUGGGGGUAGGAGACUGCACUCAGUGCACUGUCGACAUGGAUGAGGUGCUGGACCACAUCUUCGAGGUGUCUACCUUUCUGUUCUUCAUGGCUCCCAUGAGUCUCAUCACAGUUCUGUAUAUCCUGAUCGCGAUGAGGUUGAAGUCCUCGAGGAUGAUGAAGAAGAAGAUCAGCACCAAUGCUAGGAUGCAAAGCAAGUCGUCGAGGAAGGUCGUGAAAAUGCUUGUGUCAGUCGUUGUGGCCUUCUUCAUUUGUUGGGCCCCUUUCCACAUCCAGAGGGUAUACUGCGCUUACAACCGCGACUACUCCGAAUACAGCGAGAAGGUCUACAUUGUGGUCACAUACAUCAGCGGCGUACUCUACUACCUAGCUACCGCCAUCAACCCCAUACUUUACAACAUCAUGUCGGUCAAAUUCAGGGAGGCCUUCAAGGAAACGUUUUCGCGGUGCUGCGGCAUAGGCCAUCUGCACCACGGUAGACCCCAGAGAUCUUACUCGGUGCUGUCCAAAUCCAAAGUGCGCGGUCCCGACUCCACAGAUUCUGGCAGCCACGAUCCCACCGUACAGACGAACACGUCACUCACGCAUAAGAACUCCGCCGACUCCUUCAACGGGUUGCAGAUGGGAAUGCGUGGGUACAAGCCGCAAAGGUCGUUCAAGGAACACGGCGGCAUCCAAGAAGAAAUCACCAUGAUCAACCAAAAAUCCAUCCCCACAGCCGCAGAGCACCAACCCCAGUCCACCAUGUCCAGCCCCAGCUUGUUGAACAACCCCACCUGUCUGUCGGUGCACGUGAGCAACCCCAACCCCUCGACUCUCACCAAAUUCCUUCAGUUUUUCCACUGCAUAGCCAAGAAAACUCUGGACGACAGCAAACGACUGUCCUCCUAUUACUCCUCUCCGGUAAAGGAGACAAAUGCUCUGGAACUACAAAAGACUGGGUUUUUAGACAAGGAGAAGUGCGAUAAUGGAGUGCGGAAGCCUUGCAUCAGCAACAGCAGCCUGAAGAAUAUCGAAAUUGAUGCCAUCGAGGACGAGCUGACGGCCUAUAUGAAGGAGAUCCGCAAGAGGGAAGCGAACAGCUAACUACUUUAAAGGCCCCCAAGGGGCUCUCAAGGAUGUUGAUAGAAGGAAUUUGGUACUGUCUGUUCACAAACGUGCACCAUUGACCAGGUUCAGGAUGUGUACCAAAUUUUGACCAGACAACUUUUUGAUAUUUCUAGGUUUUCUUGGUAGAUAUGAAAAAUUCCCAGGUUGAGUGAAUGUAUAGAGUGAUUCUCUUGAGGGCACUCAAGAUGGAAGCCUUGGAAACGAUAAGAGGUACGAAGUUGGUUAGAUUGUAGAAAAAUUUCUCAAUGAUAAGCGUUCUUGAUUAACUUUUUUAAUUUUCUUGUAACUUUCGUAGAUCACUGCACUCCAUUUUUGGUCGAUUGGUCUACUGGAAUUUUUGUUAUUAUAUUUGAGACAUGGCCUAAUGUGAAAAAAUUAUAUUUUGUUGUAACUG